UUCAUUAUUUGCAUAAUUUUUAUUUUUAUUUUUAUUAUCUCUAAAGUUUUAUUUGAAGCAUUUAAUUAUUAAAGAGAAAUUAUGGGUCAUAUGUGGACUUUGAUCACUCAUCUUCGUAGUGUUGCUGGGCCUGUUAUGAUGUUGAUAUAUCCUUUAUAUGCAUCAAUAAUAGCUAUAGAGAGCACAUCAAAGUUAGAUGAUGAACAAUGGCUUGCUUAUUGGAUUUUAUAUUCUUUUCUUACACUUUUGGAGAUGCUAUUUCAACCCAUCCUAAAUUGGAUACCAAUAUGGUAUGAUGUGAAGUUGAUUAUUGUGGCAUGGCUAGUUUUGCCUCAAUUUAGAGGAGCAACUUUUAUAUAUGAAACUUAUGUUAGAGAAAAAAUAAUUAAGAAUUAUGGAGAUGAUCAUGGCAAGGCAAAAAAGAAAAAUGUUCACUUUAUGACUCCAACAAAGAUCAAGGAAGAAGAUGAAGAUUAUUAAAGGAGAAUACAAGAAAUGCUACUUUACAAACCAUUACUCAAUGCACAAGUUGAGUUAAUCCUAAUCUAGUAGCUUUGAUCGAGGCAGAUUCAGAAUUUGAAAUUUAUGAAUCGUGAAAUUUAUUAUUCGUAUAUAUUCGGUGAAUUUCUCAGCAAAUAUAUAAAGUUUGGUGGUUCUUGUUGAUUCACACGAAAUUUCACGUGCCCCAUUAGCCAUUUAAGAUGUAACAUUUGGACUAUCACUCUUACCUACACGAUGCUUGUAUUACUCUCUCGCAAACCUUUUUCAUGUCAUUGUACUUUAAAAUUUUUAUUUUUAUUUUUUAUUUGAUGUUUGAUA